CUGUCAUUAAGGUGUUACAGUCUCAUGAAGGAGGAAGUAAUAGUGGUGGAGAAAAGGAGAGAGAGAGUGCAGUAUGUAGAAAGAGAGAGAGUCGCAUGUAGAGAAAGAGAGAGAGAGAGAGAGAGAGAGAGUAUAAAGUAAGAAAACAGUGAGGAUGAGGAAAUGUCAGACUGUUAAGAAACAUAGAUGAGUGCUGAAAGUGGGAGGAGCCAGAGGAUAAAAAAAAAAACGAAAGCAACAGAGCGGAUACUGUCAUGAAAACGAGGGAGAGAGGCAGAGGGAAAGUAAAAGGAGAGGUGGACUAGUCUUGUCAGGUUGCUAGUGUACACGUCUGCAGUAAAAUGUGGGCUUACUCACGCGCCAGCUAACAGAGCGAGAGACAGAGAGAGAGAGAAAAAGAGAGAGAGAGAGAGAGAGAGAGAGCAGCUACAUCAGGGUAAUCCAUGUUUCUCCAAGCGAGUGUUUGGACAUGUGGGCCAGAGCUGGCAGCUUCAACUGAAGUACAUUCUUUUUGUGAUGGAGGAGGCGAUCACUCAGUUUAAUGGAGACAGGAGUGAUACUGCAUCCAGAAUUUCAUCAGAAAGCACUUCGGUACCGGACGGAGGAAGAGGACGUGCAGCAUGGAAGAACGGUCAGUGUGUCCUGGCUGUGUCCACUUCUUCUACAUUAUACCCAAGCUUCGACCUGUCACUCUGCAGGACACUGCUUGAGAAGGAAGAUUUCCAAAUCCCUGUGGAGGACUUCGAAACUCCUCUUGGAAUAGCGCUGAACCCUCCAUCUGUCAGAAGAUAUCUGUUCUUCAACUCUUCCCUGUUUCACUUCAUCUUGGCUCCAGUCUUGUACGUGGUGCUGUGGUGUGCUACGUACUCCAGCCUGCACCGGUACCUCGCUGGGGGCACCAUGGAUUUCUGGGCGCUCUGCCUGUGUGUGAGCCUUGUCUCCAUCUUCAUCACCACCGCCAUCAUCCUCAUCCUCCACUACAACAACAAAGAGAUUAAUGUGAACACAGAUGUACGUCUGGUGCAAGUAAAUGAGCGGCUGGCCAGACACAGGCUGCUGCUGGGCGUGGCCGACUGGGUCCAGCAGUGCAGUGGGAAAAUGCAGCUGUUUUGUGUGUUCUGGGAUUUGUCCCCCUGCCUGCAAGCCCUGACUGAAACUCUGGAGGAGCUCGGCUUUGUCAGAGAUGAGAUAGAGAACAAACUGAAGAAGAGAAUGUCCCACCUCCUCGUAGUGAGUGACGUCACGACCUCUGAGGAAGCUGACGAUGGCCUGUUGGCUGAGGAGCCCGAUGAGGAGCGCCCUCUGCUGGUGGACGCCAGAGAGAGAAGCACUUCUCUGAGGCAGAGAGAAGAGGCGAAACUGACCAAAAAGUACAGCUUGAUACCCGACUGUACCCUUUCUUAUCAGGCUAUUGCGUACCAGCUCUUGCUGACCUACAGCGCCGUCUACGUGAGGCUUUUGGUGUCGGAGAGGCUUCCUGCUUCAUCAUAUCGCCCUCUAGGCACGGACAGAAAUCACUGCACAACUGCGUCACUCUGCCUCUGUCAGUAUGUCCAGUACAAAGUGCUGCAUUAGACAGAGGCGCCCAGGAUGGGCACCAGUACAAAUGGAUGAUAGAUGCACUGUUCAUGUUCAAACAAUCACCAGAGACUGUUGUACUUAAAUUUAAAUUAUUUUUUUAAGCUGCUCUGUUAAAUAUAUAUGUGUGCAAAUGUGUGUAUAAUGGUUCCUCAUUUGCAAUGUCUUUAAAAGUGUGUGCUGUUUUGUUAAUGAGAGCGCUGAUCUGAUUCGGCUCUUAUGUAAGGGUUGAGUGAGGAGAGCGAGAGAGAGAGAGCAGCAGAGAGAGACUCACUCAUGCAGGAGGAUGUCAGCAUGAAUCAGAAAGCGAGUCAGUGAAUCUGAACAGGCCUGGAAACAGUUUAUCACGUUAUGGCACAACAGAGGAACAUGCAGCGCAGGCAAAGCACAACUACAGUGCGUCACAAUCAGGGCCGGACUUUACGCUAGGUAAAGGUAAACAAUCACCUACAGUCCCCUAGGAGCCAAAGGGCCCCUUGAACUUCAGAUUAAAUGUUAAAGUGGGCAAUAUGGCAAAAGUAUACAUAUAUAGGGCACAUCACAAUACUUCACAAUUCAUAAUACAGACCAGCAAAAUAAAAAAAAACAACUAUGAAUCCAA